AUGGCAACAUCGUCGCACAAUCCAUUUCCUCGAUCACCGAACCCAUCCACCAGGUCAUACGACUCUUCCUCUGUGUCGUCGGCGACUUCGCCAAAACCUUCGUCACAGUAUAUGGGCAGUUUGAUGGGUACCAGCACGAGGACAAGCACUGUCCACGCCCCCCAGCCCAUUGGCAUACCCCCUCUGCCGUCCGCCAGUCAACCAGCUUUUCAACCUUACACGCCAAUGACGGGAAAUUCUCUAAUGGGCCGGGAUUCUUUACCUUCAAGCGAGUCAGUAGUCGGCACACCUGGACUCUCAAACGCUCAACUAUCUGCCAACGUGCAGGCACAGAAGCGGGCGUAUCGACAAAGGAGGAAAGAUCCUAGUUGUGAUGCCUGUCGCGAGAGGAAAGUCAAGUGCGAUGCCACAGAAACAACCAGCUGUUCGGAAUGUUCCAGCCGCAAUGUCAAGUGUCAGUUCACCAAGGAGACAAACAGGCGGAUGUCCUCCAUCAAACAGGUUCAGGAUCUGGAGAAACAAAUCGAGCGUGUGCGUAGGGAGAACAGCAGUCUACGCCGCAUGCUGAACGAGCGGGAUGGGCCAAUGGAUAUCGACACAGACACAGUCGACCAAACCCUCGUUCCAAUACCAGAUAUCGGCUCUGACCCCAAGCGUAGAAGACGCGCCGCGCCACACCACGAUCUUGGACGAGAAAGAGCGAAUUUCCGAAACUUGUCGAAAGGACUCUUCAAACCCCCUAUACCGCACCGACAAUCGCCCCAGACCGUCUUGUUCGACCCUCCGUUACCGCAGUUACCGCCAAAAGCGGCUGUGACAGCGUUAUUGCAUUCAUACUACGGGGCAGUCCACAUCAUGAUGCCGUUACUCCAUUGGCCAACACUACAGCGUGAAGUUGAAGACCUGUACCAUCCUGGGGGCUUACAGCGGGCUCCAGUAACGUGGCUUUCGAUGUUCUUUGCAGUACUCGCUAUGGGCAGCUUAUUUAGUACUGAUCCACAUCCAGAGCGGACUUACAGAGCAACGGAAUUCUUGGAAAUCUCGCGAGGUCUCACCGACCCGUGGAACAAUUAUUUUGUCCUCGACAACGUUCGAGCUACCUUCUUGACAGCUCUGACCUUGACCGAGUUGAAUCUGAAAUCCGCAGCCUGGACUUGGCUGGGAAGGGCUGUCCGGGCCGCCCAAGAUAUCAGCCUGCACCUGGAAACAACAACGCGCUCGAGGGUAGACGCUGACAUGCGACGGAGAGUGUGGUGGGCAAUAUACAUUGUGGACCGUGUCAUGGCUUUGGAAUUGGGACGCCCUUCGUUGAUACACGACUCUGACUGCGAUGUUUCCCUUCCCGAACCCAUUGACGACCAUUUUUUGCAACACGAGGGCCCAAUGCACCCCCUGAACGUGGAGCCACUUACGCAUUCACUCCAUGUUAUUAUAAACGUCGUGCGCUCGAUUCCCGCCCUUACGCAAGCCUUCUCGUUCCCGGCGAUUGCUCCGACACGACUGUCGACCUUCGAUGCGCACUUUGCAGCCUGCCAACGGGCUUUCCCGGCUGCCUGCGACCCGUCGAGCAACCUACCGAUCCCCCCUCACAUGCUGAUGCCUUUGGCCUAUCUUCUGAGUACCAGGCUUCUAUUGCACAGGCAUAAUUUGGGGCCAAACUGCUCCCCAGAAGUGAGGACGGUAGCAAUAGAGCAAUGUACACACACGGCGCUUGAGACAGCCGCUUUAAUAGGCCGUACAAGUGCUUCUUUGGCGGACACAGCAACGUCGCUCUUGACGAUCCAUAUUUUCCGGUCAGCAUUGUUUUUGGUCUUGACGGGACACAACGAAUAUGCAGCCACCUGCGUCCGUGCUCUAAAAUCGAUAGACGCUCGGCGCGAUGUUGCAAUUUCAUGCGGUCGUUUCUUGGCUUUCUUCAUCCAAGCUGUGUCAAGCAGACGCUCCGAGUUGACUGCUUACUAUUCACGACCAAUUCCUGGGCAGGGCUACCAACAGCAGUCUUCUUCAGCUCAGGCAGUACAGGAGCGCAUUCUGACCGACGAAAUACUACUCGCUUACGUAACCGCCGACCUGCAAGCCGGAAGCGAGACGAGUUGGGUCUGGGCUGGGGGAGAGCAAGACCACAUCGCCCCGGGUGCCCCGGCCGGCGGCGGCUUGAAUCGCGUCGAAAACCGAACCGGCCUCGCCCCCGACGAGCAGCAAGACUGGGGAGGCUGGGACCGGCUGGACGGCCUUCUCCGAACUCCCGUGGGCUCUUGGAGUGCGGCUCCUACAUAUACCCCGUCUGCCCUUCCGCCGACGCUGCCGCCUAUCAAGAUGGAGCAAGGGCCGUCUGUGCCGCGGAGUGGCAAUAUGGGCCCAGACAGCAGCGGCAACAAUAGCCCGGCACCCGGCGGCCCGAAACGCAGCACGGAGCGGAUCAGCAUCGCGAAUAUAAUAUAA